GGUGGCCCUGAGGGAAAAAGGGUAGCCCUGAGGAGGUUAUGGCAGCUGCGAGGGGGGUAAUGACGACCCUGAGGAGAAAAUGGCAGCCCUGAGGGAGAGAGUCUUGCUGUGAGGGGGGGACGACGGCCCUGAGCGGCAAAUGGUGGCCUUGAGGGAGAAAUGGCGACGCCGAGGCGGUUGUGGCAGCUGUUGUUGAGGGCGAAUGGCGGCUCUGAGGGAGAACGGGCGUUGCGAGGGGGAACGGCGGGCUCUGCGCGUCCUGGGCCGGCCCGGAACGGCGCUGCCCCGGAACGCGCCGUGCGGCUCCGGCGGGCCCGGUCGGGGCCUGCGCUGCGCCGCACCGUCCCGCCACCGCCUCGCCGAGGCUCUGCUCCGCCCGGCCCGGCCAUGGUGCGGCCGGAGCCCCUCUGCCUCCUCCUUCUCCUCCUGCACGCCGGCCGGGCCGCCUCCCCGGCUCCUUCGGCCACCCCGAUCCCGCUCAACGGCACGGAGGCGGCGCGGGCGGCGGGGAACGGGACGCGGCCGGGCCCGACGCCGGGGUCGGUGCUGCCGGCGGGGUCGGGGCUGCCGGUGCUGAAGCGGGCGGUGUAUGUGCUGAGCGCUCUCUCCGCCCUUGCCGCGCUCUAUUUCCUCCUGAGGGCGUUCCGGUUGAAGAAGCCUCAGCGGAAGAAGUACGGCCUUCUGUCAAAUUACGACGAGAACAUAGAGAUGGCCUCGUUCGACAGCGACGAGGACACGGUGUUCGAAACGAAAAAUCUGAGGCGAUGAUUUGGGACCAGUGCCACGAACUGCGCAGACUGACCAAGGGGGCGCAAGUCCAGUGGAAUCACCUUACCAGUGCUCAAGUUUUAUUUUUUUAUAAUUGCUUAUAAUGACUGUUAAUUAACAGUACAAACCCUUCCAUAGCUGGGGCAGGGGAAAGGGGACCAAACCUGUUUUCUUCACACGCGUUUUUGGGGAAAGGUGGAGCUGCGAGCUAAAUGAUUGGGUGCUGUUAACGACCCGGGGGGGGUGCUGAGGAAAACGUAACUCCCAGAUGAACGCUCAGCUUUUGAAAUCUUACCGCUCUGGCCUCAGGUGCUGCGGCUGUGUCUGCUGGCCUGUCAGCAUUUUAUAGGUGUUCAUAUCCCUCUCCCUGCUCACCGUGGCAGUCAGCUGAAAUGUCAGACGAGAGGAUUCCGUUUGCGGGCUGAUCCUCUUUCCUUCGUGCACUAUCAGGUUAAUUCUUUGGGAAGCGUCUCUGUAAUCAACGCUGAUCUGGUGGGAGCUGGGAGAGCUCUUGUCUCUUAUGCCAGUGGCGAGUUUUAUAGUGUGUUGGUUCAGAGAGAGAAUAGCUUUGGGAAUGAGUUAAAUGCAUCAGUUUUCUUGUAGUUGCGGGGUUAGUGGUGUAGUCACAAUACAGGUCAUUAUAGGGGUUUACAGGAAAGACACAUUUACAAAUGAAAGGUGCCUCUUAGCCCAAAGGAGCAUUUCUCCAGAAGAGCAAUCGGUUGUGUAGUCUGUGGGGCUGCCAGUGUUCACGCUGCUCUGCCCAGCUCCUGUGGCGUGUUCGCCAGAGAAAUGUGUUGCUGCUUCUGAGCUUCUGCAUUUGGAGCUGCUGGUUCUGUCUGAGAUCAGCCGAGGAAGAGCCAGAGCGCUGCCGUUUGGGUCGGGGAACCUCAGCUGCUGGUGUGAUGAUGGCCGAUUUCCGAGCACCUGAAGACUGGAAGAGGAGGACCCGAAGCCCUGUGAACUGCGAUUCUUAAACAUUCUUAGACAUCCCUGGCUCCAAAAUAAUCUCUUUGUGAAGGGUACUGGAGUUUCACUCCAUUUGCUGGUACUCGGGCUGUGCCCCACUGUCAGCCCAGCAAACUGGGGUGUUUCUGGGCAGCCCAUUGUGUUGGUAUUUGGGUUCUUUUUGUGUGGGACCAAAUGCGAAUGUGUUAGAAGAUCAUUGUUAGGUGGAUCUGCUGCUAAAAUGGUGAAAACUGCUUGCAAAGUGCUCCUGUUUAUGGCACCUUUUAGCCUUGAAGGGAAGACCCUUCCUUGAAAACUAUGGGCAGAGCAGAGCUGCGUCCUUCAGCCCCACUUCCCCCCAAAACUGGUAGUGCCUUUGUUAGGAGAACCCAAGGGAGUUCCCCUGCGGGCCAGGGCGUUCCCUGCUUGACCUUACCUUGAAGAUGAAGAUUGAGAAUGUCUUUGGAGUAACGGCUCCUUUCUCCUGGUUAGCAAAUCCCCCGUAGAUAAGGGGACAAAACUGACACUUCACGAAAAGAGCAGGGCAGAAGGGAUAGCCUUAUCAAACAGCAGGGAUGGAGGGUUUUGCUGCAAGUCACUGGGGAGCUGGGGGGGGGUCUCGCUGCUGCCCUGAGAUCCCUCCCUUCAGGGAGAGGUGUCAUCCUGGUGCUCACCCAUGCCAGGGGGUGAGGUUUCCUGGAGAAACGUCACCCCAGGCGCUGGCAGCUCUGUCUUGCACACGUGCAAAAGAUUUUUUAAAGAUAUAAUAUAUAUAUAUAUAUAUAUAUUUUUAGUAACGCUGUCAUGUGAACGCAGCACUUUGGAUGUGCCCUAAUUUCAUAUCAUUUGUAUCCUUUCAUGCUUCUUUUAGGUACUUUCUGCUUGUUUAGCUGAUGCAGAGAUGAAAGCCUUCGCUGCGUUCCUCUGUGAGAACAGCGGUAAUGGCUAAAUCUGGCCGUUGCUGCCCCUCGGGUGAUCAGAGCGGUGGGUUGUUUGAUUCCUGGCAGUGUUAUCUUCCUUGAUCCUGCACCGUCUGGCAGGUGUGUGCAGACACUGAUCACAGAAUCACAGAAUGGUAGGGUUGGAAGGGACCUCUGGAGAUCAGCUAGAUGAUGAUCGUGGAGAUCUGCCUAUUAUCUGAUAACUUUCUCUGGCACUUCAACCCCCUCUGCAAAGUCGUUCCUUGCUUUGUGCCGAAGCCGGGCGAGCCUGGCUGUAGUUCAGUCCACCGACCUGCCCCGGCACGACACGUUCGUCAGCCUUUCUUUAUCUGAGGUGAUUAACUCCAUCGUUCUUCAGGCUCUGCUCUUCCUUGGACUGAUGGGUUUUGCAAUUUUGAAGUUUCCUUCACCUUGCAGGAGUGGAUGAUUUUUUUUUUCGUUUUUUUUUUUUUUUUAAUGUUAAGAGUUGAAUGAUUUGGAUCAAAGAGAAGGGGACCUCAAGCCGGAGGUCCUGCCACGAAAAUAGUUUUGAUAGAGUUUGAUUUUUGCUGGAACAGGUAUUUGGAAUUUGAGCAGGGAAAGAUGUGGAGGGAUGCAGGCAGAACGCGUAACGAGGUCCCCAUUCUGGUGCUGUGUAGGCAAAUGAUAACGAAGUUGAAGGCCCGGAGGGUGUGCCAGCCCGCUCUCUACGCGCCACGUACAUGUUUCCAGAGCCCUUCUGCUGGCUGUCUUUAAAGGGGGGUGGGUUUCAUCACGCGGAGAAUAAAAACAUGAUUGCGGGGCUGUAGCGUAGCGUUGUUGUCGCUUUUAUUCUGAUCCUGUUUUGGCUGGAGAGAGGUUUGAGCUGUAAUCAGUGACCCUGGGUGGCUCGUUCCAUUUUCCCCUGGAGCGUCUUGUAUCUUGGAAGCAGCCGGUGGUCUGGGUUUGCGCUUCACGGGCCAAGACUUUACAUUCCGUCUCCGUUCUCAAUCAUGGUUAAAGGCGUCUUCUGAGAGGAGAAAACAAAGGUGCUGAUUACAGACUCCUUCAAGGACAAAUCUGUUGCUCAGCACAGCUGUUACUGAGCGCCGUUUCUCCUGGAAGAAUAAAUUGAAGCUAUCGCAGGGGCUUCUGCUCGCAGCGGAGGGACGGUGAGCCCAUGGGCAGUCAGCGCCAGGCUUUCGAGUGAGGGGGAGAUCUUGCUAAUAAUAGUGGCUUUUAAAGCCUUGCAUUUUGUUUCCAUAAUAAGAGAGAAGUUCAGUAGUUACCCGAGUCAUAGUUUUAGUUACUUUAUGUGUAUUUGAUACCCAUGUUGAUAACCUCUCUGCAACGGUUAGAACUCCUAGCAGUUUUUCAGGAUAGAUUUAAAUACGCAGAUGCAAACAGAUGCCUGUGUGCUCUGAGCCAGCUCCGGCUGCAUCGGUGCCGGGCUGUGUACGAGUACGUGCCGCUGCUCGGAGGAACGUGUGUCUGUCCCUGGGCAGGCUGGUGCCUCACCGGCUGCUGCUGCACUUUUCUUUCUCCCAGAGGGAAUCGGGGUGUUGGUGGGAGCCUCUGUGGCCACCAGCUGCCCUCCACUGUUGGCCUCUGCGGGGCUCCUGACGCCCCUCGCCAAAAAGCUGUCGGAGCCGGUGAGGACUGAGAGCGGAGCGUGCGGUUCCCUGCGAUGCUGCGCAGUCACAGGCCCGUGUGUGUGUGUGUCACGAGCGGCUGCUCCUCCAGAGUUCGCUUGAAACAAUCACUGUUGUUUAAGCCAAAGCCUAAUUUCAAAAGUUUACGUAAUUGCCUCUCUGAUCUUCUUGGAGGGCUGCAUCGAAUCCUCCGCUGUUGAUAUUGAACUGCUAGGCAAAUCGACGGGACCGUUCCGCUGAGGUCGACUGAGAUCGACUGAGAGCGAUGUGAGCAGCAGCUCUCUAUUGUUAAUAACGUGCUUCUGCUUUGUUUCGUUUGUACACGGGGCCGGAAUGGGAUCUGCGGCGUUAAAGUGCUGGGAGAGGGACCUGUGGUCUGAGCAGAUUGCCAAGAAGUCAAUAAACCGGCACUCGAGUGCAUUGUGUUGUCUGUGCUCUCAGAAAUGGAGGAGCUCCUCUUUCACCCUCCUGCUUGAAUUGUUGAUUUAUCUUUAAACGGCAACCAGUCCUGUAUUGAUUGAUUGUUUUACUUUCACUUACAGCGUGUCCCCCCCCCCCCCGCCUCCGUUGUAUCUCCAGACAAAUGAAAUAAAGCAUUCCAUUUCACCCCG